GAUAAGAAUAAAUAUACCGAUAUUUGUUUUCUUCGUAUUUUACUACGCCAGUGUUGAAUUUCAUGCUCGGCGACUAUGGUCGAAUGACGACUCGAUAAUAGACACUAGUUAUAGGGAGUGUACAUUAAACAAGUAACCAAUACGAAAUAUUGGAAAUAUUCACACAAAUCUAGUGAUAACAAAUUAUGGUAGAAUGGAUAGAUCAUAGAGAUUCAAACCAACAUUAUUCGGUUAUUUGUAUAGAAUAAAAUCCAAUUAGUUUGACGUUUGAUGCAAUAAAAACCUGUGUGCAAUAAUUGUGAAGUGACAAGUGAAUUUUUUUCUUUGUGAUAGUGACAACAAUUUUCAACAAUAUUCAACAAUGGAAGCUGUAGCUAAACACGAAUUCAAUGCUACGGCAGACGAUGAACUUAGUUUCAAAAGAUCACAGGUUUUAAAAAUUUUGAACAUGGAAGAUGACAUGAAUUGGUAUAGAGCUGAACUUGAUGGUAGAGAAGGUCUAAUUCCUAGCAACUACAUCGAAAUGAGAAAUCACAGCUGGUAUUAUGGAAGGAUUACCAGAGCUGAUGCAGAGAAACUUCUUAUGAACAAACAUGAAGGCGCAUUUUUAAUUCGUAUUAGUGAAUCCAGUCCAGGGGAUUUUUCCUUAUCAGUAAAGUGUUCAGAUGGAGUACAGCAUUUCAAGGUACUUCGAGAUGCACAAGGAAAAUUUUUCUUAUGGGUGGUCAAAUUUAACUCGCUCAAUGAAUUGGUUGAAUACCACCGUACAUCAUCUGUAUCCAGAUCGCAGGAUGUUAAACUUCGCGAUAUGGUUGCGGAGGAGUGUCUGGUACAAGCUCUCUAUGAUUUCCAACCACAAGAAGCUGGAGAAUUAGAAUUCCGAAAGGGUGAUGUUGUAACAGUAACCGAUCGUUCCGAUCAACACUGGUGGCAUGGUGAGAUAGGUCAUCGUAAGGGGCUAUUUCCAGCGACGUACGUCAUGCCUUAUCACACCUAAGAAUCUUCCCACAUUUGAAUCUUCGAUGAAAAUUAUCAAGAAUUUUUCUGACUGCGAGAAAGUUCAAAAUAACAGGCAUUAUUUCUUCUUCAAUGUUACCUACUCACUCCGUACAUCAUUGAUUGGCAAUACGAAUAAUUGAAUUGAAUAGCAUCACCCGAUGUACUCAUCAAUUGAAUACAGAAUGUUGCAGUUCGAGAAGGAGAUACCUAGUUAUAAAGUUAUUUAAAUAGUAGAAAGAUCUAUGCAAUUGAAACUGUAACACUCCGUAUCUGUUAUGGGAUAUAAUUAUGAUUUUUAUGGCGGCAAAGUUUUAACUGGUUCUACCUGAAUUUUACUGUUUCUUUCAAGUUCAGACUGUUUUUUCUCCAGUCGGAACAUUCCUAAUCUUCCAUGUAUUCACUACAAUGUUUUUUGUCUGAUUAACUCUCACUGUAUUUUUCACUUGUUCAAACGAUAACGAUUUUUAUUUCUGUAGUUCACCAUGUUAUCAAUACGCUAUGUUUUGUGAAACGGUUGGUAUUGUGGGAUCUUCCUUACCUAUUUGUACAUGACAGAAAAUUAGAUAAAACUCAUUAAUUGAUUUUUUCCAAUUAACUUAAAUGAAAAUCAAAAAUGGUGCUAUCUUCAAAAAAUUAUUUUCAUUUCAAGAGUUCUCGACCAAUGCUUUUUAACUUGAAAAUAUAGGCUUGUCCAUUUGCAGAUCUGAAAAUUGCUUUCUAAAAGAUCACAAUUGGAGUUUGUUUGAAACUAAUUAUAGUACAAAAAAAAAUCAUCCACAAGAGAUUAACUUAUGAAAUUCUCAAUCAAAAAUAUAAUUUUCAUUGAAGAAGCAGAUACUUGUUACAUUGAAAAUUGCUUUUGAAUCUCAACAAACAUACAAUCUAAUGAAAUUUCAAUGAUUUCCAAGCAAACUAAACAUUUAUUAAAAAAGUGCAAUUCUGUGGAAUUUUAUUUCUUAACAGUAAUUUCUGAAUAAGCAAGAAUCAAGGUUUUUUUGAGGUUCAAUCAAAAAUUAAUUUAAUGAAAAGCGAAAAUAACAUUGCCUAUUCUAAUUGAAAUAUAAAAACAAUAUUUUUUAUUUUAAUGCAAAUAAAACAUAUCUAAUACAAGAUGAUAUGAAAUAAGAAAAAAAUCAUUCAAAUAAUUUUUACACUUUCGACAAUUUAUAUUUAUACAGCCUUCACAAUGAAGAAUUAUUUUGGCUAAUUUAAAUUGUUGAAGACUAACCCCAAUUUUCUGAGUGAAUAUGCAGAAUAAUCGUGUCAUAUUUUUUGUUAACUUGCCGUUGUAUGGUAACAUUAUAGACAAUUUUUCUUAUAGAACGUUUUGCUCAUAAUAAUUCACUGAAAUCAUUUUCUCAAUAUCUAGUUAUUAAUAACAUAUUGGAUUAAAUAUUUUUGUAUUGUUUUCAAAUUGGGAUGAAUCGUGGUUCUUGGAAAAAUUUUGAUGAGGAUAAUUAUCUUGAUUUGCUUUUUAUUGCAAAAUGAUUAUGAAUUGUAUUUUUUGAUAACUCAUCUAACUGGACCAGAUAAAUUUUAUAAUUUGCUCAGAGGCAUUAAAUUUUCUAUAAUUGUUUUUCCCCACUUUCCACUUUGACACAAUACAUAUUGAGUCUCGAAGCUGAAUCAGACCAACAUUACAAGGUAUAUUGCUGUUUUAGAGAGACACUUUAGGAAAAUGGUGGGCACUGAUUUAAUUGAUUUCUCAAAUAAUUUGAGUAUAGUAUUUUGUUAACUAAGACGAGAUGCCAUUUUUAUGUGUCUUAAUUGUUAUAAGCUAGUUUAAUUUUAUUUUGAGAUACUAUAUUUAAUUUGUACAUAUUAGCAUUUUGAAGAUUUUGCCAGGAAUUUCCUCAAAACAAAAUAGCAGGACAUUUUUUAGUUUUAAGUAUAUUUUUUGGCAUUGUCUGCUUUUUAGAUUCAAAUGUAAAUAUUAACUGUACCCUUCAUUAUUGAAUGAGUACAAUAUAUUUAGAAAAUAUAUAUGUUAUAUAAGAA